AUGAAACAUCACUUUCAAUCACCAUUCCUCCUUCCAAUUCCACCAGAUAGACAACAUCACUUUCAAUCACCAUUCCUCCUUCUAAUUCACCAGAUAGACAACAUCACUUUCAAUCACCAUUCCUCCUUCCAAUUCCACCAGAUAGACAACAUCACUUUCAAUCACCAUUCCUCCAUUCCACCAGAUAGACAACAUCACUUUCAAUCACCAUUCCUCCUUCCAAUUCCACCAGAUAGACAACAUCACUUUCAAUCACCAUUCCUCCCUUCAAUUCCACCAGAUAGACAACAUCACUCAUUCAAUCACCAUUCCUCCUUCCAAUUUCCAGAUAGACAACAUCACUUUCAAUCACCAUUCCUCUUCCAAUUCCCAGAUAGACAAAUCACUUUCAAUCACCAUUCCUCCUUCCAAUUCCACCAGAUAACAACAUCACUUUCAAUCACCAUUCCUCCUUCAAUUCCACCAGAUAGACAACAUCACUUUCAAUCACCAUUCCUCCUUCCAAUUCCACCAGAUAGACAACAUCACUUUCAAUCACCAUUCCUCCUUCCAAUUCCACCAGAUAGACAACAUCACUUUCAAUCACCAUUCCUCCUUCCAAUUCCACCAGAUAGACAACAUCACUUUCAAUCACCAUUCCUCCUUCCAAUUCCACCAGAUAGACAACAUCACUUUCAAUCACCAUUUCCUCCUUCCAAUUUCUGA